AUGGACUCCGAAUGUAAAUACCUAUUCAAGAUAAUCUUGAUUGGGAAUAGUGGAGUUGGAAAAACCUGCCUCAUGAAGAGAUACACGGACGAGACAUAUAGCUUUACUCAAUCCAGCACAAUAGGUGUUGAUUUCAAAAUAAAGUCUCUUGAGGUUGAGGGGGAGAGAGUGAAGCUUCAGAUAUGGGAUACGGCAGGACAGGAAAGAUUCAGAGCAAUUAUAUCCAAUUAUUAUCGAGGAGCACAUGGGAUUAUAAUAGUGUUUGAUAUGGGAAGUAAGGAGUCGUUUAAUAAUCUCGGAGAUUGGCUAAGUGAGGUUAGAAAGAAUACAAAUGAAAAUGUUGAGAUAAUUAUUCUGGGAAAUAAGGUCGAUGAUAAGGAAAAAAUUGUGAUUACUGAAGAAGAAAUAGAAAGGUUUCUGGGGGAAAACAACAUUGAAAAGUCGUCGUUUUAUAUGACAAGUGCAAAGGAUAACAUUUGUGUCAACGAUAGCUUUGAAUAUCUAACGAGAAAACUUAUUGAUAAAUACAAGAAAAUAGGUUUUGGCACUGGAAAGGAGUCUUUCAAGCUUAAUGUAGGAGAUCCAAAAAAAACUUGUUGCCUGUGA